AUGGAGAUGGAGGAUGAGCUUGACAUUCCAAAUCUGGUGGCUGCAGAAACUAUCCAUCAAUUGCAACUUGGAGAAGAUCUCAGUGAUAUCAACAACAAUCCAAUCCAGCCAAUGGCUGAAACAGAUAUGUAUUUUGCAGAUACUCAAAAUGAAAGAAUCAGUGCUCUAGCAAAUGAGAUCAAAGUUCUUCAACAAAAAAUCAAUGAGGUACUGGUGGAUGGCAACAACAGGAUGAGUGCUCUAGCCAAGGAAAACAAGGUCCUUCAAGAUAAAAUAUCACAGCUAGAAACAAUUGUCAAAAAGCAAGCAGAAACAAUGCAGCAGUCAACACAAGCUCAAAUGCAGCCACCAGUGCUGCCAGAUGGUGACAGUGGCCCCAGUCCUUCUGCUCAAAUUGUCUCACCUUUACUGACAAUGCCAAAAUUUGUGCCAAUAGCACCAAGACCUUCAACUUCUGCAAUAAACAUGCAACAACAGAGUAAGCGGAUUUCUCCAGCAGCUCCACCAUUGUUGCAGCAACAGCAGCAGAUGCAACAGCAACAACAGCAAAUACAAAUGAUGCAGCAGCUCACCUUCCUCCAAAUGCAGCAGCAGCAGUUUCAACCACCACAAGUAAGAGGAUGCUGCGGGUCUUAUAUUGAUUGGUCAUUAGGAAGAAGAAUUGGUCGGCCACUACAUGAUCCAAACUGUCGAAUUCAACUCGAUGGGUAUGGCAAUGCGACGGCGCCAUAUUGA